CUUCUUUACAUCCCACCGCCCUUGGAAUCUACUAUUUGGCAUCAGUGGCGGUAGCCCGAAAUAUCCCCAACAAUGCCCACUAUCUUCCCAACAUGGCCACACAUCGUCUUCGGCAUCCUUGAGCCCAUCUCACUGGCCCUCGGCAGCGUCUUCCCACUAUACGACCUCCAAGGCUUCAUAGCCGGCCAAACACCCAACGUCGCCUCCCCACCAACCCUCCACCCCAGCAGCGUUGCCCUCGCCUACCAACUAGGCAAUAUCUACUCGCUGCUCUUCCUCGUCGGCGUGGGUGUUUGCUACACCACCACAGAGCCUCGCGUGCUGCGCAAUUACCUGAUCGGUCUUGCCAUCGCCGAUGUAGGUCAUGUCUACGCCACGUUCUUGGGUAUGGGCUGGGACGCGUUUGCGGAUGUCGCGGCAUGGAAUGCUCUGACGUGGGGUAAUAUUGGAGCUACGGGUUUCCUUUUUGUUAAUAGGAUCGCUUACCUCUUAGGUGUGUUUGGGUAUGCACAGGCGCCUAAGACGGCUGCAAAAAGAGAGUAGGGUGUGUGCUGUUGUGUUAGUUGGCUGAUUCGAGGUGCCUCUUUCUCUUUGCUUUUCUUUGAUUUUCUUUUGGUAAAAUAAUCUCUCUCUUGGUUUUUGCCUCCUGGUGCAUCGGGCUGCAUAUAACAGCGGUCUAUCUUUGCGUCCUACUAUGGUCAGGUGUGGCUCGGAUUCAAUGGGUGUUAUUUGAUUUGUAAUGCUUCUUUCCACACAUCAGGGUAGUAAAAGGGGGCCCGCGUAAGCUGCGUUACUGCCAUGAAGUACUAUACGCCGGUUCAGCUCGACAGCAAAGCCCUGGGCGCUACGAUCAAGACGGCAGGUCAGAUUGCGGGUUUCGUGAGAUCCAAUGAGCUUUGUUAUGCAAUCUUGUAUAUAAUCCGG